GUCCUGCUGUGUGGUGUGUACGGUUCAAACGGAGCUCUAAACGUGAUAGUUAGUGUUCAGCAGUAUAUGUGAUAUAUCAUAUCAAAAUCUCGUUUUAAAAAGUCCGCCGCCAAAAAUAUUAUAUCUUAUCAAUAAUUGUAUCGUUGUACCUUUGUGUUUGUGAUAAAUGUUGAAUAAAUGUUUAAUAAUUCCUUCGUUUACUAUAAAUAAAUAAUAAAAAAAAAAAUAAUAAUAAUAAAAAUUUAAAAAUAACUCAAAAUCGAUCCUGCUGUCUACGUGUACGCCGAGAAAAUGGAUUACCACAAACCCAAAUAAUCCAUUUCAAUGACCCAAAAAACAAAUCGGCUGAUGCUGCUGGUGCAUGACUAAGAAAUACGAGAACAACAACACCUAAGCUGACAGGAGCAACAACAAAAACAACAAAAACAACACCAACUCACCCACCCAAGGGGAAUAUGAAUUUCAACAAAUGUAAUGAAAUCAAAUAAAAUUCAAUAAAUUAGUAUAUGCGGCUUAUGUACAUACAUACAUACACACAUAUGUAUAUGUAAAGGUAUUAGCGAGUUCCUGUUAAUGUGUGCAACUCACGAACUGAUAGUGUAAAUGCCGUAUUAGUGUGAAAACUGGGCAUAAAAACGCCCAAAGUGUGCGUGUUCAGAUGCUGAGUAUGAAAAAGUGUAGCAUACUUCUGGGCGUUUAAAUGACUUGUUGUUAAAUUAACACUUUACAGAUAAGGCUAUUAAUGUAAAAAGGUGAGAAAAAAUAAGUUUUUGCAUUGCCACGAACUACGGUUAGCAAUUCCAGCGUGACACAGCGAGUGAGAAGGAGAGCUUGGGGCGGAGACCACCCGUGAAGCGGUAAAUUGAAGUGAACCACCACAAGAGCGCAUUAAUAGUAAUAAACGAACAAAUCAACUAACCAAAUUAAUUGCUAAAAGUGCGAAGCAUUGAAAGCUAGUAUUAGCAAAAGCAACAACAACAAACUUAACUUCAAUCACAGCUUCCCCAAACAGCAGCAACAACAAAAAGUCAGCAUGAAGGGCUUAUCAGCGUUUAAGGAAAAAGCAGCGGGCGCCUUUAGCGGCAUCAAACCGAAUAUGGAGAAAUUUGAAAUCUCCAAAACCUAUCAUGGCGGCUACGGUGGUUACGAGGAGAUGGAGGACGGUGAGAAGAUUGGCGAUGGCCCAGGCGGUGGCAUACCAUAUGAUGAUGAUAGACCCGAUUCGCCAGCCUCGUUUGAGGAAAUCGAGCGCCCGCCCUUACGUAAAGUCGAUAAAUACUGUAAAGCAGAGUGUCCUUGUUUGCCGGCGCGUUAUACGAUCGCCGUGAUGGCUUGCGUGGGUUUUAUGAUAUCGUUUGGUAUGCGUUGUAAUAUGUCGGCGGCCAAACUGAAAGGAGAGCAGAGUAAUAGUUUAAAUCAUACACAUUUUAUGAAUUGGAGUGUCGCCGUGGAGAGCCAUGUCGACUCAUCAUUCUUCUGGGGCUAUUUAAUCACACAAAUACCGGGUGGUUUCAUAGCAUCGCGAUUUCCGGCUAACCGAAUCUUCGGUUUGUCGAUUGUUUGCUCGGCAACGUUGCAUUUGUUCGUGCCCGUAGUGAUGGCUCUCUGUCAUGGUUAUGUGCUGAUAGGACUACGUGUGGUACAGGGCCUUUUCGAGGGUGUCACCUAUCCGGCUUGUCAUGGUAUCUGGAGAUUUUGGGCGCCACCCAUGGAGCGUUCACGCCUGGCAACUUUGGCAUUCAGCGGUUCAUAUGCCGGCGUUGUUGUGGGUCUACCGCUGUCCGGUUUGUUGGCCGAUGCGAUUAGCUAUCAGGCGCCCUUCUACGCUUACGGCAUGUUUGGCAUAACUUGGUACCUAUUUUGGUUGUGGCUCUGUUUUGAGAGUCCCCGCAAACAUCCUGCCAUUAGCAUACCGGAAUUGAAGUACAUCGAGAAAUCGUUGGGUGAGACCUCUAUGCAGCCCAGCAUGCCCAAUUUGCGUACAACACCCUGGCAUGCAAUGAUGCGUUCCAUGCCGGUCUAUGCUAUAAUUGUAGCGAAUUUCUGUCGUUCUUGGAACUUUUAUCUGCUCGUACUCUUCCAGUCGUCAUUCCUCAAGCAUAAAUUCGGUUUUAAGGUCGAGGAGGCCGGAUUUAUCGGUUCAUUGCCUCAUCUCAUUAUGACAACCAUAGUGCCAUUUGGUGGCAUGUUGGCGGAUCAUCUGCGUAAGAAUGGCAUUAUGUCGACUACGAAUGUGCGUAAGCUCUUCAAUUGUGGCGGUUUCGGCAUGGAGGGUCUGUUCUUUUUGUUCGUCGCACAUUCUGAUACGGCGACAGGCGCCAUGUUUGCGCUCACCUGUGGUGUUGCCUUCAGCGGGUUUGCUAUUUCGGGUUACAAUGUAAAUCAUCUGGAUAUUGCUCCACGUUAUGCUAGUAUUUUGAUGGGUCUUUCAAAUGGUAUUGGCACUUUGGCUGGCAUAAUUGUGCCCUAUGCAUUGGAUAAUUUGAUUGAUAGAGAUCCUACAGGCUGUUGGACGACCGUUUUCACGCUUGCUGCCUGCGUUCAUUUAGUUGGUUGCACUUUCUACGGUAUCUUUGCAUCAGGUGAACUGCAACCCUGGGCCGAGCCACCGAACGAGGAGAAGCAAGUGUGGGCGCCACCAGUUGACGCAGCGUAUCUGCCGCCAGGAGCAGGUUACACCACAGAGACAUCAUUUGGUGUCGCACCACCACAGUACACCGAACAAAGUCAAAUGCAACAACCGAAUGCCAUCAAUUACGGUGCGACUGGUCACGUGGCUAACAAUCCCUUCGCCGCCAUGUCGAGCACAAUACCCGAGGAGAGUGCUAUGCCCGAACAAACAGUUGAUGCUACCAACACUUAUGGUGCAUAUGAUUAUACGCAACAACAACAACAGCAGCAACCGCAAAUGCCCAGCUAUGAUCAACAAUACCAACAACCAUAUACACAACAAGAACAACAAGCAAAUUAUCAACAACCCUAUCAAACACAGUAGAAUGGCAUAACUCGACUCAGCUCGGCAGUUAGCAGUGGUGGGAGAAUAAAGCAAAAUUUAGUUAAAAUUAAAUAGUAAUUAAAUUAAUAAGAUUAUAUAUAAAUAAAUGUUCA